CAUAUGCAUUGUGUGUUCCUAAGUACCAGCUCAGGUGAAGGAAGGAUAAGGGUGAUUUGGUGGCUAGUUAUUUUCAUCCAUUUCUAAAUCCUCAAAUGCUGGCUCAUGAAAAUCCUUCCCGGCGAAUACACGGAACCAGUCCUUAUCUUGGGAAUUCUACAAGGACUUUUUUUUUUUUUUGGGUGGAUGCUUGGUGGAGGGGGAGGGCAAGUGGGAAAUGUGAAUUUCUUCUUAAAGAACUAGGUGCCUGAAACUUUUGACUAUGUCUGGAUUUCCAGAAUAUGUCUGUUUGUUUGACGUGGAUAUGCUGCUGACUUAAAAGAUUCUGAGAAUAAUCGGGGAAGAACACAAUUAUAGAAGCAACAACCAAAGAUACUAAAAUGUUGAUCAUGAAGAGAAAUAUAGUCAGCACUCAGCAUUCAUAUGUGAACAUCCCCGAGGUGAUUGUACAAGACACUGCAGAGGAACUAAGAAGAAUAGAAAAUGGAGGUUACAGUUCACUCUCUGAUGAUGAUGAUGAUGAUGACAGUGUCUCUGGGAUGGAGCAUAGAAACCACCAAGAUGGGGAUAUUUUCAGAAAUAACUCCGAUGAAAAGGAAAGAACAUCUUCACAGAGGAGUCAGUACCUUCCUGGUCCCAUCGCACUCUUCAACGUUAACAACAGCAGCAAUAAAGACCAAGAGGCGAAAGAGGAAGAGGAAAAGAAAAAGAAAAAGAAAAAAGAAAAGAAAGACAAAUCUGAUGAUAAAAAGGAGAAGAAAAAGGAUCCAGAAAAGAAAAAGAAUAAGGAAAAAAAGAAAGAGAAAGAGAAGAAAAAGAAAGAGGAACCGAGUAAAGAUAAGAAAGAAGAUGAGAAGAAAGAAGUUACAGUUAUUGAUCCAGCGGGGAACACAUAUUACAACUGGCUGUUUUGUAUAGCUAUGCCUGUGAUGUACAACUGGACCAUGAUCAUUGCAAGAGCAUGUUUUGAGGAACUUCAGUCUGAUUACUUAGCAUAUUGGAUUAUUUUGGACUACUUCUCAGAUAUAAUCUAUAUUCUGGACAUGAUUGUACGAACAAGGACAGGUUACCUGGAACAAGGAUUAAUUGUGAAAGAUCAGUCUAAGCUCCUGAAGAAAUAUAAGUCACAUUUGCAAUUUAAACUUGAUGUUCUCUCAAUGAUACCAACUGAUCUGCUGUUUUUUAAAUUGGGAUGGAGCUAUCCAGAGAUACGAUUAAACAGAUUACUCAGGAUAUCACGGAUGUUUGAAUUCUUCCAACGGACAGAAACAAGAACAAACUAUCCAAAUAUCUUUAGGAUUUCUAAUCUUUGCAUGUAUAUUGUGAUUAUCAUCCACUGGAAUGCAUGCGUAUACUAUUCUAUCUCUAAAGCCAUUGGAUUUGGGAAUGAUACAUGGGUCUAUCCUGACAUUAAUGAUCCUGAAUUUGGUCGUCUGGCUAGAAAGUAUGUUUAUAGUCUCUACUGGUCAACACUGACCUUAACCACCAUUGGUGAAACUCCACCUCCUGUUUUGGACUCUGAGUAUGUCUUCGUGGUGGUUGACUUCUUGAUCGGAGUGUUAAUUUUCGCUACCAUCGUCGGUAAUAUCGGCUCCAUGAUUUCUAAUAUGAAUGCAGCCAGAGCAGAAUUUCAAGCAAAAAUUGAUGCUGUGAAACAAUAUAUGCAUUUUCGAAAUGUGAGCAAAGAUAUGGAAAAAAGGGUUAUCAAGUGGUUUGACUACUUAUGGACAAAUGAAAAAACAGUAGAUGAAAGGGAAGUCUUGAGAUAUCUACCAGAUAAAUUAAAGGCAGAGAUUGCCAUCAACGUUCAUCUAGACACAUUAAAGAAAGUACGCAUUUUUGCUGAUUGUGAAGCUGGACUAUUGGUGGAACUGGUCUUGAAGUUACAACCUCAAGUCUAUAGCCCUGGUGAUUACAUUUGCAAAAAAGGAGACAUUGGACGGGAGAUGUACAUUAUCAAAGAAGGGAAACUGGCUGUGGUAGCAGAUGAUGGGAUCACACAGUUUGUGGUCUUGAGUGACGGUAGUUACUUUGGAGAGAUUAGCAUCCUCAACAUUAAAGGCAGCAAAGCUGGCAACCGAAGAACAGCCAAUAUUAAAAGUAUUGGUUACUCCGAUCUCUUCUGUCUAUCAAAAGAUGAUCUCAUGGAAGCUCUAACUGAAUACCCAGAUGCUAAAUGUAUUCUAGAAGAGAAAGGCAGACAAAUCUUAAUGAAGGAUGGACUGCUGGACAUAAAUAUUGCAAAUGCAGGAAGUGAUCCUAAGGACCUGGAAGAGAAGGUCACACAAAUGGAGGGAUCGGUAGACCGUUUGCAUACAAGAUUUGCCAGGAUUCUGGCUGAGUAUGAAUCGAUGCAGGCGAAGUUGAAGCAAAGGCUAACUAAAGUUGAGAAAUUCUUGAAACCAUUAAUUGAAACAGAGUACUCAGAUAUCGAAGUACUAGAAACAGAGUCUACACAGGAAUGAAAUGAUAUGAGAUGAGAGGAACCAUUAACUGGACUUUGUGAAUUGCUUGGACGGUAAGGAUCCAAGGCAAAUGCGAAAUAUCUAUUCAGCAGUUCUACAAAAUUAUCUUUUCGUAUUAGAAAAGUAUAUGUCUGUGAAACAAUGAGAAAAUGAUAUGGAUUCAUUCAGUAAAGAAAAUAUGCUUUAAUGAAUGCUAAAAUAUUCAUCACUGAAUGGAAAUACAGUUGUGAAUGUAUCACUGUGUCAUGAGAUUUUCUUGCUGAAUACUAUGUAAAGAUAUAAGCUGAUUAAUUUAUCAGCACAUAUAUCUUCUGAUGAUUUCUAUAUACCACUCUCUGCAUGAAUUAUAGUAAAUUUUGUGCUAUCUGGCAUUAUUGGGUAAAAGGCUAUUAAGGAGUAAUUAAAUAUUCUGGCAAUUAAAAAGUCACCAUCAUGGAUUACCUGUUUUACAAAGGACUUAGAAUAUAAAAUACACUUAAUACUAAAACAACACGGAGCAUGAUUUAAUCUUUUUUCAUGAUUCAAAAGGCACUUUAAGAUCUUACAGAACCUCGGGGCCAUUGUAAAAAAUAUCAAUUAACACUGUAUUGGAGAAUUAUAGAAGUGUUGAGUAGUAGAGAUUUCUGAUUGAGGGACUACCUAAUGAAUAGCACUUUGUUUUACAACUCUCUAAUGUAUUUAAUGUAUAAUAUUGUAUGUGAUAGUUAUCUGUGUCUUAUUCCCUUAGUAGACUGUAAGCUCCACAAGGGCAGUCUAAAUUUUGUAUCUGUGUGCUAUGCACGUAAUAGCUACUUAAUAAACAUAUAUUGAUUUGAAUAAA